UUUUUGUAAUUUUAUAUUUAUUAGUUAUUUUCUUUUGUAUUCGACCUGCAAAAAAUACAACGUUAGGUGGGUUGUCAAAUAAAAUGGAAAACAACAACACAAAAUAAGCUGCCGGAGAUAUUUAUUAAACGAUUUGAGUUGCCGUCGUCUAAAAAAUACCUGACAAUACUCGUGGUAUUGCAAAGUAACUCGCUAAAGGAAUUUUCAGUCGAACUUCAAAACUCUGUGACACUUCAAAAUGGAACUGUUCACAAAGAUUUUGUUCCCGGAACAAGCAACUACACUACGAGUAUGUCAACGGAAAAUGGAAAUUCUCGCAAUCUGGGGCACCGCGCAGUGAUUAAGUUACUUGUAAAAAAUGAAGUGCGUCAAAAGAAACUUUUUAAGAGAUGUCAUCGGUUCUUCAGGACUCUGACCUUUCAUAUACGAAGGUAUAAAAAAACUGGUCUCGGCUAUUUUAACAAGGAAGAGAGGCCUAUGAAGAUGAUCCCGGCGUGGAUCCAAUAACGGUCGUGACCGAAGAAAACGUUCAGAAAGUCGAAAAGUUAAUAUCGACUAUUCGAAGAGUUAAUUGUGGCAGAUAACAGAAGAAUUAAUGAUUAGCAAAGAACAAGCUGGAGAGUUUUUGAAUGAACACUUCAAUGUGAAAAGAAUGAGUGCGCGUUGGGUACAGCGAAUGCUCACGCCGCUCGACAAGUAACGACGAUUGGAACGCUGCAAAGAUCUUUUGGAGUUGUGCAAAGAUCAUUGAAUUUUGAUGAAACUUGGAUUCGUCAAUAUGAUCUCGAGUCCAACAGGAUGCCGGGAUACUGAAUUGACUCUACUUGCCAAAGUGAACUAUAAUGAACGGCCAGUACUACGAUUCGUUUGCCCAUUCCAAUACCUGGAAAAAAAAAAUAACCAAAAAGCAAAGAACGCGGAGGUUGAUAAGUGAAGUAAGAAAAGAGAAUCCAAAAGUCAACAGUUUAUUUAUUUACUGCAAUCAAGUUGAAACAAAAUAUGUACAAGGAGUGAUGGCAGCUAGGUAUAAAAUAUGAAGCCCACAUACCAAAGCGUGCUUACCACAGAAGCUUCCACUACCAAAUUGCCAAGAAAAACUGCCUUAGCCUCCGCAGCUGCCACAGCCGCCUACAUCAGAAUAUCAAGGUCCUUCAACUCGAGUAGCAAUAAUUCUGUGAAUCGUCCUACGCGAAGUCAAGUGCGAAGACAAUCGUAUAUACAUAGACUUUAUACACAGACACACGGCAUGAGGAAGAGGCGCCUUGCCAAAGGAAAUGGAGAACAGCAUUUAAGAACACUACUCUAUGAGUUUCUGGCAAUAACGACAACCGCCACCACCACACCAGUUGCUGUCGCAACUACCACGAUGGCGACGACUGGUGUGCACCUCACCCCAUUUAGCGAUGCAACCGUGUCGACCGCAACAGCGGCAAUUGCUACAAAUGCAACAUCACUUACGGCAGUGCCGACAACCUUAGCCACAACAUUGAGUGCAGUAUUUCCCAGCGUCACAACCGCAAAUGCAUUUAUUCAAAUAAAUUCCACUGCCUUUAGUGGAGGUCCCCCAGAUGGCAGUGCCAAUGUUAAAACCGCACUAUUUGAUUCCGACACUAGCACCGACAAUAUUUUGAGCAUCAGCAGUGUUGUUGGCCCCAUCAACACCACCGCCACUACCACCGUCUCAUUCAUGGAUGCUUACCUUUUAGCUAUGCCAUGGCCGAAAGCGCUCGGUGUAGUCAUUUUCUUAAUACUGAUCCUUGUGACGGUGGUGGGCAACACACUCGUCAUACUAUCAGUGCUGACCACACGCCGGCUGCGUACCGUCACCAAUUGCUUUGUGAUGAACCUGGCCAUCACUGAUUGGCUUGUAGGGACGUGUGUCAUGCCACCAGCUGUAAUACUUUAUGUUGUUGGCAGUUGGCGCUAUGGUUGGAUAUUGUGUGACAUUUGGAUUUCACUGGACGUUCUCCUCUGUACCAGUUCCAUACUGAGUUUGUGCGCCAUUAGUCUGGACAGAUAUCUUGCAGUGACUCAACCGUUAACUUAUUCUAAAAAGCGCCGCUCAAAGCGCUUGGCAUUAUUGAUGAUUUUCAUUGUGUGGGUGACGGCGCUGUUGAUCACAUGUCCACCAUACCUGGGCUGGUACGAAAAGGGUAGAAGACAAGAAGGUAAUGUCAUUUGCCGCUACAAUCAAAAUAAGGGAUAUGUGGUGUUUUCCGCAAUGGGCUCAUUUUUCAUUCCGCUCGCUGUUAUGAUGUACGUUUACAUGAAGAUUGGCCUCGUUCUCACGUCGCGGAGACAGCGCAUUGCUCGUGACGCGAACUCAGAACGCACAGCAGACCAUGAUAUAGAUUGCGACAAUUUCAUUUCCGAGUCAGAACAUUAUCAAUGUGCCACACCGAAGUUCCCUUCCUUCAAGUCGCGCUGGGGCAGUGGCCAUGCCACCAACAGCAACAAUUGCUCAGUCAAAAAUCUUUGUUUGCAUUGCGGUAAGUGCAAUAAACCCUAUUUGAGCAAUGCAACACACAGAGGAAGUGCCACUAUUAACGGUACUUUGGGCACGAACGUUGUUGUUGGCGGUCUAAAACAUCAGGCAUCUUUCUACGAACUUGUUGAGAUCUCACGCUUGACUUCGAUAAUUCAAUGUCCGGCCAUCAACUGCAAAUACUCUGGCGUCUGCAUGCAUUCCAACUCAGCGAGUGUGCCGUUAGCUGAACGACGUUCCUCCUCAUUACCCAUGCAAACUGUGCACUUUGUAGAGGAUGGCACUUCGUGUUCCGACAAUUGCUUAGCGGUGAACUCUAUAGCGACCACAAGUCUGACCACAACAACUGGCUUAAAAUUCAAUCCGAUAAUCGGUCACAACCAGCAACAACAUUCCCAGCAUCAUCACAACCACCACCAUCAUCAUCCGCAUCGAAUACCAAUGCGCGUAUCUACAACGAAGCGGGACACGAAAACCGCCAAGACGCUGACUAUUGUCAUGGGCGGGUUUAUCGCCUGUUGGCUGCCAUUCUUCAUCUACUAUCUGUUGAUGCCAUUUCUGCCUCCCGCUGCGGUUUUCCAGGGCCUCAUGUCUUUUCUGACAUGGGUCGGCUGGGUAAACUGUGCCAUUAAUCCCUUUAUAUAUGCUUUUUACAAUCCCGAUUUUCGCACGGCCUUCUGGCGCUUAACUUGCCGACGCAUUUGCAAACAAAAACCCACGCCCAACCAUUUGGCCAUGUUCCGAGGCUAAGAGCCGGACAAGACAAGACAAGAAACAAGGCAACAGAACACCGGAACAGUCAACUAGAGAGUUUACAAGCAAAAACGUACGGUUGUAUGUCUCAUCAGUGGGUCAACAAAGUGAAGUGAAAAAGUGCUAAAGUUUAACGAACAAGAAAACAGAAAUGAGCAUGAAAAACAAAAUUGAAGAUACGACAAUUUUUAACAGCGUGGAGCAAUUGUCGUUGAACGUAAUGGAGGGACGCGACGCAGUUGGCGAUUUUGUAAAAUUUAUUUCAAGCAGAUUGAAACAAGCAAGUAAAUGUUCCACAGUUAUUUUUUUUUUCCUAGCGUAGCCUGUUAAUUCUGUCAUUGGCCGCAGAACGCCUGAAAAAGACAAACCAAUGCAAAAGCUGAGUGGAUGGAGGAAACGCGCAACAAGGGAAAAGACAAACUGUUGACAAGAAAAUUAAAGCGAUGCCAUUUUCUUAGUUUUGGCCAGCGGAGUUUCUUGUACCCCAACAACAACACCAAGUGGAAGAGUUAUUAGGUAUCUUGCCUGCUUGGUAAUAGCCCGUGCGCUACGGUUAGGCGAAAAUGAAAGCAUUUCGGUCAGGUGCCUUACCCGCUGAGAGUAUUUGAAAAUUUGAAAAGUUACAAAAGAUCGCACAAAAGAUACGCCUUUAUUUAUUACUUAUUAUUCAGGUAAUAAACAGUUUUUGUGUGCGUUAGAAAAUGUCGGGUGUAUAGUAUAUUUGUAAGCAUAAGCAAACUGAGUAAUAUGUAUGUCUCUUUGCAUAAGAUAUCUUUAAGCUUUUAGCCAAUUUACUGAACAUAUUGCCAUAUACAAAUUAAAGCAUAAGCGUAGUUUAUUAACUAUAUUUUUAAAAUAUUUAAGGUAUGAACACGUCGAGCUGAAUUGAAAGUGAUAUAUGUACAUACAAAGUCCUCUGUUAAAUAUGGGUUGAUUUGUAAACAAAGAAAAAGGAAACUUAGCAGCUAAAAAUUUUUAUACCGAAUCAAUUUGUCACUGUGAAAUUCAUAAAAUUAAAAAUAAAAAAAAAAACAAAUAACAAGAUCGUGUUAGAAAGCAAGUAAAAAAGCCCGCUCAGAUUGAUUUGUUUACUUUUUGAAAGUUAUUUUUGAAUAGAGUCAUCAUUUAAUUUAAUUCAUUUCGUGACGAUCAUCUCUCCAGAUGACCAUACAUACAUCGCAAACAAAGGCCAGAGGACUAUAAAUAUAGUGAAUGGACCCCAGCUAGUUAUCGGGAUCAUUAUUGCAGAAAAUAUUGAUACCAAAAAGGUGUUUCAAUGCUUCGAGUUUUCGAUCUGAAUAAACUAAAAAUAAUAAAGGCCUAUCGGUCGGUAGUUUCGAAUGAUUAGCAAUGCACACUAUACCAUUCGAAAGGAUUUGAGACUUGAUCCGAACAACUUUCAAAAUAAUAGAGGAAUCAUCUUUUGAUUGUGGUCGCCGCUCGCCAAGAGUAUGAGAGGUUUUUCGGGUGUAUCUCCGAGGCGGCUUGGAAUAAACUGUAUUCACGUUCGUAUAUAUCAAAUCGUUCAAAAAAUGUGGUUAUGUUCAAAGAUUUCUUUUAAACCGUAUUACGAACUUAAUGGAAUGAGUUGAAUCGAUCCUUUUAUCUAAUUAAUCUUGUUUCACGCAAUUUUUGUGUCACGGAUGCCAAUGGAUGAAAUUGUUUAAAAAUAUGUCGUCUUUUUUUGACUGGCAUGUGGACUUGAUAUAAAUAUCAAAAGAGCAUCUGUUGUUCCAUUACACCCGAAAAUGUAGUCCUUCUUACUUGUUUCUGCCUUGUUUUGAAUAACUAAUUAAAAAAUUUCGAUAAAUGUAUAAGGUUGGGGUAUUUUUUAAACGGUGCGCCAUAUUUGAAAUCCCACCUAUAUUUUGAACAUAUUUUUGAAAUACAAUGGAAGGCCUUGCCCUCUGCCUCCAGAUUUUUUUUUAUAUUAAUAUUCUAUAAUUUUUAAUGUUGGCCUGGACAGGUCUCAAACUCAUGACCUCCGACAUACGAGUAUAUGAAUGAACGCCAAAAGUUUCUCGACGUUUGAUUUUUUUUAGUUAUUCGGAAAUCGUUAUAGGUAAUUAUUCCAAAACCUCCUGCGGUCGCUUUACUAUAUUUAUGGUCCUACGAUCUUUCUUGGAACAACCAUGGAAAUAUCUGCUGUUUUAAACAC